AGGUUUUCUUUUUUCUGCGACAUGUUCUCGGUCGGUCGCAAGCAAUUCUUGGCUUGUUUUGUGUUCAGUCUUUUCGUGUUUCUUUCAUGUUGCUGCACGCACAGCAGCGUAGUGUGCCGCUAUGCAUUUUUCACGGCAACACUAUGUGAAGUCAUCUCUGGUUUUAUGCUGCAACGCAGGGAGCAAGCCGCUGACGGAUGCGCUGCUGCGGUGCUGGCGAGAGAUGCGUGCAGCCGCACCAGCUUCCGCAACAGCGUCGACUGCGUCACUGUUAGAUGAGACCCUCACGCACCUUCAAGUCACCGCACCGGUGACGACCACGGAGCUCACCUCCUCGUCGUCCGCAGUCCCAACGUUGUUUUCCUCCCCGGAAGAUGCGCAGAUAGUCUGGAAUGUGGUACAGCGACAGCGAGUUUCCUGGCGGGCGGCGCUGCAACUGCUGCCGUGGCAAUUGCAAGAGAUGUCAGCGGCACAACGUUCCUUUGUCAGCCGGCGCGUCGCGUCCUCGCCGUGGCAUGUUGCCCACAUCGUAUUGGCUGCAGGAGAUGUGGUGGAUGACGCGCGUCUUGUGCAGACCUACGGUGCUCUGAAGCGAGCCACGUACAUGGUGGAGUUUGCGCGGCUUAUCUCGGCUGCCCUGCGGGAGCGACCUUCGCUGCCAGAAGGUCUCUUGCCCGUCCCCUACGGCGUGAUGCUGCAUGGGUAUGAGUUAGGUCGCCGGUCCCCGCAAGACGCCGCCAUGGCAUUGAAGCUGUCGCAACAUCUUACCCUGCUCGGUCGGUCGGCGCUGUCGCGCUCGGCCGAGGAGCGUCUGGUGCUGGGACACGCAUGCUUGGAAGGCCAGGCGGGCAACUGGGCGGCGGCGCUGGAGGUGGUGGCGCGUAGUCGGGCGGUGCGGUUGUCGAUCCGCAAAGGGUUCGAGCGCUUUGUGCAGGCGACGCCGCGGGAAGUCCCGACACCGUCACCUGAAUCAGGAUUAAGCAGUAUCAGUAGCAGUCGUGAUAAUGCCUCUUCUUUUCCUUCCUCUGCUUUCGGGUCUUCAGCGGAAGAGGCAGGUACACAACGUGACUCCACGUGGUUGUCGGCCUGCCAGGCCUUUCUCGCGCAGCCGCCGGAUCGUCAAACGUACGCGGAGGCGCACUCGUUGCUGGCCACGCUUCCCAAAGAACGGACCGAGCGCCCCGACUUUGUGGUUCUCGCUGUCGAGGUGUUGCGCCACGCCGCACGUCGCAUGUACGCCGGCUCCCUAACGCGACGUCUUGUGAGCAGCACAAAAAAAGCUGAGUGGGGCUUCGCCUUGUCGCUCGCGUCUGCUGCGCGGUACUACGACAUGGCCGUGCCGCUGCUUCCUUUCCUGCCGCAAGGCACGGAGCUACCGCUAGACCUGAAGGACUUCCUUUCGACAACGCAGCGGAUCGAAGGGAAUGUGGAUGACUCAGACUCUGCUGGAUCUUCUCUGCCCCCUCUCACGCGUGCGGCGGCAGAGAAGCUGUCUUACCCGCAGGCCCUGGCCUACGCGUUGAAAGGGGAUGCCGUCACUCGUCAGACGUUGCUGUCCUGCUGUCCUCAGUCUCAGUCGUUGUCUCCAUUGCGCUCACUGCUUCUUGCAGCGCGUCGUGCCGCCGACGACGCAGCAGCGACGAAUGCUGCCGCGAGCGGGGUUGUCAGUUCCGAUGAGGCUGAGGAGGAAAGCAUGUCUGACGUUGACUGCUGCACGUUUCAGUCGUCCUCGCUCUCGCAGUUGGUGUGCGCCGCAGCAAGUGAGAAGCGGCAGCGUUACUUUUACAAGGUGAUUCCAGCCUCCGCGAGGGCACAUCAUUUUGGGCGUUCUUCUCUUUCGAAUGCGCCUGUUGGGAGCAGCACAGAAGUUGCUGACAGGGAUGGCGAGGACUGGUUACUCGCUGCGCAUCCGCACACGAGCGACUCCGGGGUGGCCUCCGUGUGUCAUGAGCGGCUGCAGCGAUGGCGAGAGCGGGUCGCUACCACGCCCGCCGACUGCGCGGCGCUGCUGGCGGAUCUCUCUGCCUUUCUGCGUGCGACGCACACCAUCGAGGGCGCGCCCAUCCUCGGCGGCGAACAUGCGAAGCCGCGCUUGACGGAGGACGUGUUUUGGCGAUGGGUGGCUGCAUUUGCGGCCUGGGGCACGGUGCAGCUAACUGCCACGGAGCGCUUCUACUGGCCGCUGGCGGUGCUGAGGUCUGCGUGUCUGCUGCGUGUCACGCUGGACGCCUCCCUCGUCAGCGCCGCCGUCCGCAGUAUUCCGUCGAUGUUCGUCGAUGACGCGGCGCUGGCGCUGCCGUGCGUUUUGGCCUCGCACACUCUCCUGGGAAAUUGGAAAGCAGGGUUGCAGGUGUGCGCGCGACUGGAACGGAAGGAAAAGGCAGGCGCCGUGCGACUCGAGGCGCCAGCGGGGCCUCGGAGGCCGCACACGGUUAAGUACAAACCGCCACCUCCAAGUUUGCGCGAAGCCAUGGCACAAGUCGGCUACGCUGCACCAGCGAAGGACGCAUUGCGGCACUGGACGGAGCUGGACGCGUCGCUGGCUGCCUCAUCUGCUGCGAACUCGUUCUCUUUCCCAUUGAUGCUGAUCGAGCUGAAGCAGUUCCACGACACGCGCCAGCUUUGCGAGAAACUGCACGCAACCGUCGCGGUUGCCGCGCGCCCUACUCGAAUGAACGCAAAGCUCGAGCAUCUAUCACGGCGACGGAUGCUCCUUGGGGCUGCCUUCUCGCUUCUAGACGAUGAGGCAGCACUGGAGAACGUUGUGCGCGCUGGUGGGGACAGACAAGUGCGUGCGGACGAUCUCGACGUGCAUGGACUCCAGCGUCUUCUCGGUGUGUUGCCUGCCGCGACGGUGAGCCGCGUUCUCACGGCCGAGGCGGCCACUGGGCGCUGUGCGCAGGAGCAUUGGUUGCUGUCGUGCAUGAGCCACCCAAGCAUCUCCGCUGGUGAAGCGCGCCCAUUGGCACGACUGCGCCCUGCGUCUUCCAUGCUUUCUGCUGUCUCUUGCUUCCGAGCGGCGGUGGAGAAGAGGCAGCCAGUCCUGUCGAUUAAAGCGUUGAGGCGUAUCGCGGAAGGGGCAGUGGACAGUCCCGUGCCUCACGCCUUGCUAAGGUGCAUCGCCCGGCUGCUGCGUGUGUUUCUUUCGAACGAUGAUCUUCUGCAGGCGUGUGUGCGGAGCGGUGCUCAGCAUCCGCGUGCUGAGAGAAGUAGCGAAACGUAUGCAGACGAUGUGGCAAAAGAUGCCUUGCGGCAGGCACAGAUGCUAUUCAACAGACUCCAAGAGGUGGAGCAGCUCAGCGGGGCUCUCAAGCAUGCCCGCCGCGUUGUUCGCCACGCCAUCGAGGUGCACCCUGUCGAGAGAGCAUCGGGAACCUCUUUUCCUGCUGCCUCCACCACGACCCCCUGCGCCACGUGGGUUCUCUUGUCGUCGCUGCACGUAGCCAUGAGUCGUGUGCUGCAUCUGCCGAUCCCCGCCUCCUUCACCUCGCACCUUUUCCUUCUCGCCGCUGCAGCGGGGGAUGCGGCGGACUGGCGGGCGGCGCUCUUGCUCUUCAACGUGCUGCAGCGCCCAACGGACGCGGAGCGGGCGGCGCUGGUGCGGGUGCUUCGUCAAUGCGGUGCCACGGCGACAUCGCUUCUCCUCCCGCAUCGGCGCUUUAUGCGACAUCUGCCGGAGCAGCUGAUGGUGUGGGCCGACGAGGCGAGCGGGCCGUCAAAGUGGGAGCGCUCAAUUACGUUACUGAUGCGCGUACAGGGAAAUGAGAUGGAUGCGCAGGUAGGCGACGGUGCUUCUCCGUCCGCGACAACGCGAGAAGAGCGGGAGCAGGCCACUCCAGCCGAUGCUUUUCUUUCCCCUGACGUUCUAGCGGCAAUUACGAAGUGGAAUGCAGACGAGUGCUUUCGUGCCGCGCAACUGCUGCGUCGGCAGGGCUUUUUGAGGCUACCCGCAAAGCGAGAGCGGUCUCUGGAAGGCGCGCAGGUCACGGAGACCGAUCCGCAUGCGCGUCGCCAGGUAGAAGCGAUCCUGAAACUGCUGAGGAAAGGAACUGCAAAGGACGCAGCUGCACCAACGCCAUCUUCUCCGAAAGUACCUUCACCUCCAUCAGACGUCGUGCGUCGCAAAUAA